CUGAUAUUUCAACAGCUAUUCGAUUCAGGGUUUUUUUGGGUCAUCUCGUGCGUCCCAGGUACUAAGUUCCUCACAACUUCCCCAGAUCCCCAUCUGCUUUGGAAACUGUAAAUUUAAUCAAAAGAAAAUUUAAGUCUUGCCCUUUGUUGAUUUUAGUAGAAAUGUGUAAUCUUUGCCGUUGUUGUGGAUGAAGUAAUUGUUUCUGAGAAUAAGUGUGCCCCACUGAUUGUCUUUAUUAUUCAGUUUGGUUGAAUUUCCAUAAUCCGAGCUCGGAGAAGGAAGAGAUAAGAGGGAUUGAAUUCAAAGAAGUGAAGUUGGGAUUGAAAUUUUCAAGCAUAGCUAAAUGAAGUUGGGAUUGAAAUGUAGACAUAGGCCUAAACAUCUAUACAACCCUAUUUCCGUGUCUAAAACUGAAUGUUUUGAUGUCUCAGUGAAACUUAAAUGAUGAGACUUUGCUUUACUUUGCGUAGAUUACAACCUUGUUUACUGUUAGUACCAAAGAUACAGGCUUGAUUGGAUUUCGACUGAAACAGAUAGUUCAGGGUUCAAAUGGAUUCCCAGUCAAAGGUUCAAGUAAGCAGAAACAGAGAUAGGACAAGUGAAUUACCAGAUAAGGUUCUGUCUCAUGUGCUCUCCUUCCUUCUAACUAAGUACGCUGUGAGGACCAGCGUUCUCGCAACAAGAUGGAAGAACAUAUAUUGUCUUAAUUAUGAUCCUCCUGAGUCGGGCUGUUUCCCUAAUCUAAAGUUUCUUCAUGUCCAAGUUCACGAUCCUGAUUAUGACUCAAUGGAAAGGCUUCUCUUCUCUCAUUGCCCUCUGGUUGAAGAUUUAAAAGUUACAUUCAUAAGGCAAAGCCAGAACUACAAUCAAGGUAGCACUAAAAUGUGGGAUGUUGGAGGUGAUGAGUUUGAUUCAUUGGAGGACACUAAUGUUGGAAGACUUGAGAUUGCCGAACUUUCACUUGAUGAACCACAAUUGGAGGCGGUUUUGUUUGGUGAUGAUGAUGAUAUUGAAGUGGGAGUCAUUGAAGAAGAUGGAUCAAACUCAGAGGAUGACUGGGAGGAUGAAGAAACCUUCAGUGACAUAGAGUUUAAGAAAGAAGAGUACUCAAAGCGCCGAUGGAAAACAAAGCAUCACUGGUGGAAUAAGAAUGAGCCUGCGCCUACUUGUUUGCGAUCACAUCUCAUAACUGUCUCCAUAAGUGGUUUCAAAGGACGCGAGGAUGAGAGGGAAGUGAUGUAUUUAUUGAAGAAUGGGAAAGUUUUGGAGAAGAUGACCAUUAAUAUGGAUGGUUUUAUGUACUCAAAGGAGGAAUUUUACAAGGAAUUUGCUCUGUUUCAAAAGGCUUCAAGGAACUGUCAGGUUAAAUUUAUCUAAGAAUCCCUAAGAUGCAAUAUCUAGCGUUUGCAUAAAUUUCGUCGGGAAAAAGCCCUUCUGUUCAGACUAGACUAAUUGUAAUGUCAAGCUGGCUCUUUUGUGUACUCAGAUACACUUUUUUGAACACCUUAACUCUUGGUAUGGUCAGCCAGUGCAAUUGUUUGGAAUUAUAAUUCUGUAA